AUGGCGCUUAGUGCUUGCAAUGCCGUGGUGAAUCCAUCAUUCGAGUCCGGAUCCUUGUCACCGUGGGUCCCCUCGGCAGUGAAUGUCGCAAAAGUCAGUAAUGGCACAAACGCAUAUAGCGGGGAUUACUAUCUCGAUCUGCAGACUGCCGUGGGCAACAGGGGUAACACGAUAUCCCAGUCUCUGAAGCAUCUCCAGCCACGCGCAAAGUAUACCUUUAGCGCAAGCGUCCAAGUUCCAUCGCCAUCUGGUUCCGAAUACUGUGCCUUUUAUGUAUAUAUGGGCCACAACGCGACAAAAGGCCAAAUUGCAUCCUCACAACUGUUCACGUUUGGCGAGUGGAUGUCCGUGACCGGAACCUAUUCCCCGCGGAGGCCAGAGGAGACUCUGAACAUUAUUGCUAGCUGUGACUCUGAGGACUCUUCAGUUACGGGUCAUGUCUGGAUAGACGAUGUUAUUUUCAGCGGGGGCAACAAUUGUGGAGCUUUGUUGAACUGA